AUCACAUCUGUAUCCAUUACGGAUUGGUGGAGUUGCUAAGAGCUGGUUUUGGGAGGGCGUCUCUCCGGAUGGAAAUGGUGGUCGGGUUUGCCCAGGUUAAGGGAAAAACGAACCGAUGGAGGUUUAAAAAACUAUCAAGUACAACAUUCAAAUAAUUUAACAUUGUGUUUAAAUUCUGUUCAUUUUCAAAAUGGAUUCCGAGAGGGACGAUACAGAGUCGUGUAUUGAUUUAAAUAAGGUGGAGUACCAUGGAAGCGGCAGCCGGCCCUUCAUAGCCAGCCCCAAGUACUGCCCUGGGGUGAAUAAAAACAGCGGCUAUGAGUGUGAGACGGGCCACUGCUGUGGAGAGACGGGGUGCUGUACGUACUACUAUGAGCUCUGGUGGUUCUGGCUCCUCUGGACCAUCCUCAUCCUCUUUAGCUGUUGCUGUGCAUACCGUCACCGCCGGGCUAAACUGCGCAUCCAACAGCAGCAGCGACAGAGGGAGAUUAACCUGAUAGCCUACCAUGGAGCCUGCAAUUACCCUGCAUCCAUGAUGGACCUCAGUUUCUUGGCCUCGUUCAAACUGCCAUCCUACGAGGAAGUGGCGGCUUGUCCCAACACCCCUCCCCCGCCUUACAGCACUGUUUUUGCACUCCAGGGGGUGCAGUAUGCCCACCCUGGGCCCAGCGGCAUCACGUCAUCCCAGAGUUCUGACAACUACACCAGCUGUUCCUGCGAGUCCUGCUCAGCCUCCUCCCCAAGCAGCACCUCCUUCUCUGUGCAGGUCACUGACGAGACGGAUACCAGUAAUGCCACCACCCCCAGUGAGGCGGGUGACUCCAGACCACCCAGCACCUCUGCAGCCACGGUUGAAUCUGAUCCCCUGGGGGCCAUGGCUUCACAAGGUGACCCACAAGUGGAAAGUGCCGCCACCGAGAGUAGCACAGACCAGCAGUCUCCCAAAGCAGCCCAGUCACCACCCAAGCACGCUCUCUUCUCUUCCAACAUCGACUUUUUUGAGCCUGAAUGCCAUGCCUGCUGUGCCUCAGACAUCGAGGAGGAGGACGAUGCAGAGGAAAGUCACUUCCGGCACCGCAGGCUCACUGGAGAUUCUGGAAUUGAGGUUUGUCGCUGUCAGGUGGAGAGUGAGGAAGAGGAUCUCGAUGAGAACAAGGAACAUGUGGCUCAGGACACCUGCUUCCUGCAUGACAGCUUGGAGUGCUCCCACAGAGCCGAUGCCUCUCAGCCACAGUGUGAGGAGACAGUGGGCCAAACACAAGGGGAGUGUGCCAGUCUGUGCACAGCUAUCACCCUGCAGCUGAGCGGGGAAUCUGUUGUUACAGUGGAGUCAGUGUGAUGUCAUACUUUUUGUGGGGCUAAGCUUGUGCCCUAAAGAAUUGAGGAAAGGAAAGAAAUAAAGUCUGUGAAUGUAUUCCAAGUGUGGAAAUUCUGAGCCCCGAUGGCAACAUGUGGCAGUAACGGAAGUGGCUUUUAAGCUUUGUUUGUGAACUUACCCAUAUAGUAGAAUAAAUAAUGCUUAAAAAGGGGAGGAAAAAAAAGUCUGUGUGUAUGAUCUAACUUAUGUGCAUUAAACAAAAGGGUAAGUAGUGAAAACGAAAGUGAGCCUUUGCUUGCUCAUUUACAUUCAUGUGUCUUAAAAACCAACAAUGAACAAAGGUUUUUAAACAACACAAAAGAAAACAAAGCACUAGUGAAACUAAAUUUGCAUUAUUUGGCUUCCAGAAGUCACGCAAAGAAUAACACCAGCUGCUGGCGUAACAUGAAGUCAGCAUUGUUGUUAGUACCUCCCUUGUGUUAAUUCAGGGGGUCGCACGUUGUUUUGUACCCUUCUUGUUAUAAUGUUGUAAAUCAUAUACUUCUAAAAUCACCCUUUUCUCAUCUAAUGUAAAAUAAUGUAGUUUUUCAUUAGUUGUGUGGUGAUAGUGGAUUAAACCACUUAUUCUGCUUUUUAUAACCAGGCUUUUGUAUUGUAUGAACCUUGUGAAAGACUUCAAUCCAUCUGUGCUCUGUUGAUUUCUCAUUGUGUUGGAACAAAAGCAAUAAUAUACUUUUUUUUACUCAAUUGCAGUGAAAGGCAAUUGGGUGUUAUAAAAAUCUAGUGUUAUCUUUUGGAUUGAACUGCAAGGAAAUAAUUAUUUUGGGUAGAUGUGUGUAUUACUAACAAACAUUCUCCCCCAUGCUUAGUCUCAUAGCUGUUUCUUAAGGGCUUGAAGGUGAGGGUACCGCUUUGCAAGACAGUGCUUGAAGUAACUGAACUGAUAAAAUCAGUGAAAAAACCCUCCAAGGCACUAGUUUCGCAUUGAUAAAAUUGCAAGAAAACACAAGUUGCAUUGGUAUCUUGUAUUUCAAAUAAUAGAUCAGCUGGAUUUGAUAUUAAGUUUAUUUCUCCAUGGUACUGUAAGACCACAUUUUGUGUGUACACAUUCUGUAAUAAUGCCAUACUGAAUGCCAUUCUCGGUAGGAAAUUUGAGCCAAACCAUUCUCCUUGCAAAACUGUGAAGAAAACGGAGCAUGUAGCUUUAAAACCAGUUUUAUUUUUAAUGUGUCUUUUUUUAAUUCAUGCAAAAUAUUAGAUACCCUGAUUUAAGUAGCAAGCUGUUAAUUUCCUAGAUGGUGAUUAUAAUGUGUGCCCUGUAUAAGUAAAAGAAAUAAAAAAAAUAAAAGUUGGUUUGCUUCUACCUUCACACCAGAAACUUUUGUUGCUCAAAAAAAUUUAUAAAACCUCUUCAAGGUACAUAUUAACUUCGGAGGCCUGGGUUGAGGUACAGCAAACCAACAGCCAUGCACUGUGGUUGGAAACGGGAAUAGCAAAAAAAUGGGGUCAUCUUUCAAGACUAACUGUACGAAGAGAAUGCAUAGCAGAUAUUCUCUCCUUUUCUGUGAUCUGUACACAGUUAUUUUAUGUUUUGUUUAUACCAAGUUAGCAGUGCAACAGUGCAAUAUUAUUAUUAUUAUUAUUAUUAUUAUUAUUAUUAUUAUUAUUAUUAUUAUGAUUUGACCUCAAUGUUAAUAAAGCUGCAGCACUGCUUUUCAGAGUGCCCAGUCACAUCACUCAAUAUCUGCAAUGUUGCCUCAUUUCUCUGCCAAUCCUAGCCAGCUAUUCGCUUUGAUCAAGCGGCCCAUAUGUAACCAAACUGCGGCUGUAUUAUAUUGAUGGAAUAACUGUGCAGGUGCACAACUUAUCCUUUACAAUUUUCGCUUAAUGAAUGGUACCACCGCAAUAAAAGGAAAAAUAAUAUGAUUAACAA